GCACUGAGGCUGAGCAGAAGAGAAGCAUUAAGCACACACGUGCACGCUGGUGGAAGGAUCUGUUACAUUGCAAAAAUUAGUUGAAGGCACAGAGUGACCACACUCCUGUCUGAAAGGAAGAAAGCUGAAAGCACUGAGGACUGGGAGCAGAACCUUCUGAACCAGCAGACAAGACGAACUAGAGAUGUCAGCGAAGACAACGGAAGCUGAGCCGACUGCCACUGGGCAGGCAGGCAUCAGGAAGAAAUCAAAAGUGCCUGGUGUUAUGAUAACGCAGUUUAAGGAGGAACUUCCAGAGGGAAAGACGACUCCAGAUUUCACCAGAAAACCCAUCGCUCUUACUAUUCAGGAGGGUAAAACUGCAGUAUUUAAAGCCAUUGUGGCAGGCAGUCCAACACCUACCAUGACAUGGAGCAGAGCAAACGGAGAAAUAUUUUUCCAUCCUGAUGUGUGCUUGCAAAAAUAUAAUGAAGAAAGUGAUGAGCACACCCUGGAGUUCCCUAAGGUGGCUCCAGAAGAUGCCGACACAUACAAGUGUUAUGCAACAAACGAAUAUGGCAGAGCAAUUUGCACCGUUGUCCUGAAUGUUAUUGAGAUGGGAUUUUCCAGAACAAAGGAACUUCAAAAAUUACAAGUUGAAGAUCCAACCGACCUAAGAAAGAAGCUUAAAAAACGUAAUUCAGAUGGAACACGGGAGCAAAAGCCAAUGGAACCAAAUGAAAAAGUCUGGGAAAUCCUGCUCAGUGCCGACAAGAAAGAUUACGAGAGCAUCUGUGCCGAGUACGGCGUCACAGACUUCCGCGGGAUGCUGAAAAAACUUACAGAAAUGAAAAGAGAGCGAGAAGAGGAGAUUGCACAGUUUAUCACACAUAUCAGGACACUAAAACCUAUUGAGGUCAAAGGUGAUGACUGUGCAACAAUUGAGUUGGAUAUGGAUCUUUUGGAUUCUGGCAGCAAAAUGUACUUGUACAAGGAUGGUGUUAUGGUUCCGUUCACUAAAGAAGAUGGUGAAGGAAUGAGGCAUAGUUUAAAACAAGUCGGCAAAAAGUAUAUAUUCACAAUUAAAAACCUGAAUAAGGAAGAUGCAGGGCUAUAUUCAGUGGAUGUUGAGGGGGUCAAUGUAUUCUCCACAGAUUUUAAAGUUCCUGAAGUUGACUUUGCUGUCAAAAUAAAAGAGGUCAAAGCAGAAGAAAGGGAGGAUGCCCUCUUUCAGUGUGUCCUAACUGCACCAAUAGCUGAGCUCAAAUGGUACGGCAAGAGCACUCUGCUCUCCAACAGUGAGAAACAUGAGAUAAUUGUAUCCGAAGAUAAGCUAAUCCACAAGCUGCUGGUGAAAGACUGCAAGCCUUUAGACGCUGGGAUCUACGCUGCUGUGGCAGGAAUUAAGUCUUGCAAUGCCUGGCUUAUUGUUGAAGAACCCGGAGUUCACUUUCAAGCUGGCCUUUCCGACUGCAAAGCCAUUAUUGGAGAAGCAGCAGUGCUGGAGUGUAAAGUAAGCAGCGAGGACUGUGCAGGAAUCUGGUACAAAGAUGGAGCCGAAAUUCAAUCAUCUGAUAACCUAACUAUUUCAAAAGAGGGAUGUUUCCACCGGCUGCAAAUUGUCAAAGUUACAGAAGAAAAUGCUGGAAAAUAUAAAUUUGAAGCAGAUGGGCGCAAGACGGAGGCUGAAAUAGUUGCUGAGGAUCCACCCAGAUUUAAUGCUGAGGAGCUAGAAGCAUUUAAGACACCUGUAACUGUGAAAAAGGGACAUAAGGCUACUUUCAAUUUGUCCUUCAUUGGACGAGAACCUAUAAAAGUUCAGUGGUACCGUGAGGGUGAAGAACUUUCAGAAGAAGGCAACAUCAAGAUUGAGACAUCCGAGGGAAGCAGUCGUUUGCUUACAUUGAAACUGCAGCGUAAAGACAGCGGUGAAAUUAAGAUCAAACUCAAAAAUGAAUAUGGCACAGUUGAGGCCAUCAGCCAGCUCAAUGUACUGGAUAAGCCAACACCUCCAAUGGGACCUCUUGAGAUUGUUGAAGCCGGCUCCUCUGCAAUUGAAUUCAAGUGGAGACCUCCAAAAGACAAUGGUGGCUGCAAGAUCCAAAACUAUAUUCUUGAAAGACAACAAAUUGGACGUAACACCUGGAAGAAGGUGGGGCCAAUUGGUCCAGAGGCCAAAUACAGAGACAGUGAUGUGGAUCAUGGUAGAAGAUACUGCUAUCGCAUCAGAGUGGAAACUGAAAUAGGCAUCAGUGAGCUGAUGGAAACAGAGGACAUACAAGCUGGAACAAAAGCAUACCCUGGACCACCAUCAGCACCAAAAGUUGUCACUGCCUUCAAGGACUGCAUCAGUCUCACCUGGUCUCCUCCUGCUGACACUGGAGGAACAAGUAUUCUGGGAUACAACCUUGAGAAACGCAAGAAAGGCAGCAAUCUCUGGGGCUUAGUCCACCCACCAAAUGAAAUAAUCAAAGGUAAAGGAUUUGCAGUUAAAGAUGUGGUUGAGGGCAUGGAGUACGAGUUCCGUGUGGCUGCAAUCAACGACUCUGGAGCUGGUGAAUUUAGUUCACCAUCUGAGUUUGUGUUUGCCAGGGAUCCUAAAAAGCCUCCUGGUAAAGUCCUUGACUUGAAAGUGACAGAUUCAUCCUACACAACCCUGUCCCUGUCUUGGACUGCACCUAAGGACAUUAAGGAGGUUGCGGAUGAAGCAAAGGGAUAUUUUGUGGAGAUCAGACCAGCAGAAAAUACAGAGUGGGAUCGCUGCAAUUCAAACGCAACAACCAUGACUUCAUAUACAGUAAAGGGCAUGAAGUCAAUGGCCAUGUACUGGGUGAGAGUCAUUGCUAUUAAUGAUGGAGGAGAGGGGGAGCCUCAGGAGCUAGACAAUUACAUUCUUGCCACGCCACCUCCUGUGAGGCCACGGUUCACAGAUGCCAAAAUCAAGAGUUUUAUGAUUGUAAGAGCAGGAAAUUCAGCACGAUUCAACAUUAACUUUGAGGCAUCACCUUGGCCAGAUGUAAUUUGGCUGAAGGAUGGAGUGCCUGUGUCUAAAAAGGUUACCAUCAGCAACGCUGACCGUACAUCUCAGCUUCUGAUUCCUGCAGCUGAGCGCUCAGAUACUGGAAUUUAUACCAUCGUUAUCAAAAACAUCGUAGGCCAAGAAACAUUCAGCGUUGAAAUUCGAGUCACAGAUGAGCCAAAGCCAUCUGGUCCCGUGGAGCUGGAUGAAAAUGUGCCUGGCACCGUGACCAUUUCAUGGACCCCGUCUCCUGAUGAGAAACGAGAUGACAGGCUACACUACCUGGUGACUAAGCGUGACUCAGUCAAAAGAAUCUGGCACACUAUUGGAGAUCGAAUCUUCAACAAUAGAUUCACGGCCUGCAACAUCAUGCCGGGCCGAGAAUACCAGUUCAGAGUUUAUGCAAAAAACGACAUGGGCUGCUCCAAACCUUCAGAAUCAACCAAGUGGCUGAUUCCUGCCAAAAAAGAAAAAUUCACUCUGAUAAUGCCAGAGUCGAAAGCCUGCGAUCUACAGUGUCCUCCCAAAUUCUUUGUUCCACUGAAAACGCACACCGCUCCUCAAGGAUAUGAAUGCUACAUGACUUGUGCUGUAAAGGGAGAACCAACACCUCACGUGACAUGGCUCCGGAACAACAUCAGUCUGAACACCAACACCAACUACUUCAUCUCCAACACCUGCGGAGUCUGUUCUCUGCUCAUUUUGAGGGUUGGAUCUAAAGAUACUGGGGAAUACAAGGUUAUUGCAGAAAACACCUUGGGAAGGGAUGAGAGUUCAACCAAACUAACAGUCAGAGAGUAAAUGAUCACAUAAGAUGGUAGCAAAAUCCCGGAUGUUGGGACUCCACCAACCGUGUAUUUUAGAGCUGAGCAAGCUGAGCAAAACCUAACAUUUGUGGAAUGCAAU